UAUUUAUUUUCUAACAAAAACUAUUUAAAUCGCUAGAUUCGUUUUUGCAAAUAUGGUGAAUUUACUCAGCGUACCGUCCGGUACCUUCUUUAACCAGAGAUCCUACCUUACUUGUGCCCAUCACCACAACCCCCUCUCUCUUUAAGAGACAUCACAAACAUCAAGAACACAACUCCACUCGACACGCUCUUUCAUCUCUCGCCACCACCAGCAGCCGGGAAAGUAAAAUUCUGAUGAUGUUUCCACUCUCAAACCCUUCAUCUUCACCUGAAUCCCAAAUCAAGAAAUCAAAAACUCCACUUGAUGUCCGAAGGAAAGACUCUUUCAAGUCACCUAAAGCGUUUCUUGCUGCUCAUUACCCUUCCAUAAACCAACCUCGGUUAUGCCUUUUCCUUUCCAUCUUCUUCAUUCAAAUCCUCCUCCUCGUCGCUCUCCGCUCCAUUCCUCGUUCUUUCCAGCAUCGCCUCCACCACUUCCCAGCUCCCGUCACUGCCCACCACCACCUCACUCCAACCCUCACCACCACCACCGCCUCCUUCCCCGCCAGCACAGUGAAAGGGGAGACAUCCUGCGAGUUUGGUGAAAUCUUUGUCUACGAUCUUCCGAGUGCUUUGAACCACGAAUUGGUUAACAAUUGUGAUGAAUUGAACCCUUGGAGUUCGAGCUGUGCCGCGUUGUCGAAUGACGGAUUUGGCCCUGUGGCCGCUGGAAUUUCCAGCGUUGUACCGGAAAAUCUUGCUGCUGCUUGGUACUGGACUGAUCAGUUUGUCACUGAAGUUCUUUUCCACAACAGAAUUUUGAAUCAUAAGUGUAGAACUAAAGACCCCAACAAUGGGACAGCCUUUUACAUUCCAUUCUACGUUGGACUCGCUGUCGGCAAAUUUCUAUGGCUCAAAAACUCAUCCGCUGAAGAACGUGAUUUUCACUGCGAAAUGAUGCUCAAGUGGGUUCAAGACCAGCCGUAUUUUACAAGAAAUGAUGGAUGGGAUCAUUUCUUGACGAUGGGAAGGAUAUCCUGGGAUUUUAGACGGUCCAGGGACGAGGAAUGGGGUUCGAGUUGCAUUCACAAGCCAGGUAUGCGAAACAUUACUCGUCUUUUGAUCGAGCGAAAUCCCUGGGAUUAUUUUGAUGUUGGUGUUCCUUAUCCUACGGGAUUCCACCCUCGAUCAGACAAUGAUGUUGUCGAAUGGCAGGAUUUUGUCCGAAAUCGUAACAGGAAGAGUCUUUUCUGUUUUGCUGGUGCUAAACGUAGCAAAAUCAAGGAUGAUUUUCGAGGGCUGCUGUUGAAUCAUUGUAGGAACGAGUCUGAUUCAUGCCGAGUUGUGGAUUGUGCUGGUUCUAAAUGUUCUAAUGGAACUUCGAUAAUUCUUGAAACGAACUCUUUUGCUCAUGGUAUAAGGGGUGUUUAG